CCUGCCCCUCGCACGUGCCAGCAAGCUUCUGGGUCUGGCAACGCAGGGCCUGCCUUCUUCCCCUCGGCUGGCCUGGCCACAUGGACGUGGGGACCGUGGCUCCCUCCACCGGCCCACGGGGCCCCUUCCGGGAAAGCUGGUGGCUGCAGGUGCCCACGGGCCUGGAGGCCUCCGAGCCGCUCGCUGCUGAAAAGGCCCGACACAGCGGGGGCUCCGGACCAGCUCGCGGCCUGGCCGGGCGGCUCGCGGGCAGCAGCGGGGCCUCCGCCGGGUGGCCGGGCCCGUCAUGCUGCAGUGCCGGCCGGCCGAGGAGUUCAGCUUCGGGCCCCGGGCCCUGAAGGAUGCCCUGGUGUCCACCGACCCGGCGCUGCAGCAGCUCUACGCGUCCGCCUUCUCCCCGGCCGAGAGGCUCUUCCUGGCCGAGGCCUACAACCCCCGCAGGACGCUCUUCCGCACGCUGCUCAUCCGCUCGGCCUUCGACUGGCUCCUCAGCUGCCCCGAGGCCCCCGAGGACUUCGAGGCCUUCCACGCCGCCCUGCCACCCCGGAAGCAGGGCCCGACGCAGAAGCACAUUUACCUGCAGCCCAUAGAUCUGAGUGAGGGGCCGGUGGGCAGCGCCCUCCUGGACCACCUGCGGAGCUGCACCGAGGCCUUCUUCCUGGGCCUGCAGGUCAGGUGUCUGCCCUCGGUGGCAGCUGCGUCCAUCCACUGCUUGUCGCGCCCCAGUCGGGACUCCGACAGGCUCCAACUGCACACAGACGGCAUCCUGUCUUUCCUGAAGAGCAGCAAGCCAGGGGACGCUCUGUGCGUGCUGGGCCUCACGCUGUCCGACCUGUACCCGCAGGAGGCCUGGACCUUCACCUUCGGCAAGUUCCUUCCCGGGCACGAAGUGGGCAUCUGCAGCUUUGCCCGGUUCUUGGGGGAACUCCUGCAGCUGGAGCCCAGCGCCCCUGACCCGGACCCGGUGGACGUGGCAGCAGAUGGCCCGGAGGUGCCCCUGCAGGACAGAGGCCGCACCAUGUGCUUCAGCGCCCUGGGGAUGGUCCAGUGCUGCAAGGCCACCUGCCAUGGGCUCUGCCACCUCCUGGGCCUGGGGAGCUGCCGCUGGCUCCGCUGCCUCAUGCAGGGGGCCCUCAGCCUGGACGAGGCGCUGAGGCGGCCCCUGGACCUCUGCCCCAUCUGCCUGCGGAAGCUGCAGCAUGUCCUGGGCUUCAAGCUCCUGGACAGGUAUAAGAGGCUGUACGUGUGGACUCAAGUGGCAGCGGGGACAAGGCCUGGCCUGGAGGCGGGGGAGCCGUCUGUGUCUGAGGACACCCCGCCCUGCAGCGCGGACUCGGGCCUGUGCUGUGAGAGCGACUCGGAGCCGGGCACCAGCCUGUCAGAGCCCCUCUCCCCGGAUGCCUGGAGCCAUGCCUUCCCUGCUGGCCCUGAGCUGGAGCCCGAGGAUGGGCUGGGCUCCCUGGCAGCCACCGAGGGGCCGGUGGCGGCCCUGGCGGAGCACGGGCGGUGGCUGGCGGCCUGCGUCCAGGCCCUGGAGAGAGAUGUGACAGAGGAUGAGCUGGCACAGCUGGACAGGGCGGUGGAUGGCCUGGCCCGCUGGGAGAUGUUCACCGGGCGGCUCCCGGCCCCCAGGCAGGGCCUGCCCUGCAGCAGAGACAGUGCGGGGCUGCGCAGAGUCCUGGGGGACAAGUUCUCCUCCCUCAGGAGGAAGCUGAGUGCUCGCAAGCUGUCCCGGGCCGAGUCCUGCCCCCGGCGCUGGAAGGCCGAGGACAAUUAGCACGGCCGGUGUGUCUUGUCCAGCGCCUGCCCGUCCCAGGACACCAGCUGCCCUGGCGCCGCGGGCCCACAGCCGCCAGGAAGGAGGUCUUGGGGGAAGCAGAGGGAGCACCGUGCCCCCCCACGCCCAGUCCCAACCCGUGGUGGUGGAGCCCAGCAUGGGGUUCCCGGGCCCCGGGAGGGCCGUCCUCAGCCCCACCAGACCUCAGAGUGGGUGGCGGCGAAGACACUUGCUCCUCCUGUGGCCUGGGGGCCCUGGGCCUCGGGUCCCUCCAGCCGUUCACAGCAGGAGCUCGGAGGCAGCCCUGGGCAGGGCGGCACAGUGGAGGUGGGCGGCCUCAUGCUGCCAACUCAGGUCCAAGGCCCACAGGCGGGGUCUCCAGUCA